AUUUUUGUUUUUUCCUGAAUGACCAGAAUUUCAAUUACAACAUGACUGAAUGAUAGAAAUCAAUGUAAUCUCAGGUUUCUACACAACAAAGAUUUAAAGUAUAUUUAUAUACUGUUGGAUUAUUUCGCUACUGAAUUUCCAGGAUCUGAAGCAUAUUGUGCUCCAUGUACAAUGGGAGGGAAAGAUUCAAAACUUUCUAUUUUGUCAUAUGAAGAUGCUGCUAACAGAGUGACUAAAACUGAAUUUGCCAGACUGCAGAAAGCUUACAAAUCAGCUUGUGGAUUUUCGGGUUCCAUGACAGAAAAUGUUUUAAUCAAAGAUGUUUUGGGUGACUUUGUGCCUACAAAAUUAGCUCAGAGAUUAUUUGCUGUAAUGGCAUCCAGUUCACGUGGGAUGACACAACGUGAUAUGAUCACAACCCUGGUUUUAUUGACUCGUGGUAAACAAGAAGAGAGAUUGAAAUUGAUCUAUGCAGUUUACGCUGAUAACUCUGGUCUCUUCGUUACAAGACGCAGUAUGGCUCUCAUGGUGACUGCAUGUGAGGGUACAGCUCUACCACAUGAAGCAGCAGAACUCUUUACAACGACUGACAGAGUUCCAGCUGAAGUAUUCUGUGACUGGAUUAAAAAUCAUUCAGACAUAACCUCAGUUACAAAAUGGCUCUUAAACUCAGGUGGAGUAACUGUCAGUUUGACAGAUUCAACAGAGAUGGCAAACUUUUAUCAGACACUGGCUGGUGUGACUCACUUGGAAGAAAGUGACAUUAUCGAUCUGGAGAAACAUUACUGGACUUUAAAAUCACAGUCGAAGACUGGACGUUUUGAUCUUCAAUUAUUCAAAUCGAUUGUUUGUCCUCCAUUGCCAGAGUCUAUAGUUAAAGGACUAUUUGAUGCAUUUGAUCAAAAUGGAGACAAUCACAUAGAUUUUAAAGAAAUAUCUUGUGGGGUUUCUGCAUGCUGCAGAGGACCGUUGGCUGAAAGACAGAAAUUUUGCUUCAAAGUAUUUGACAAAGACCAGGAUGGAAAAUUAAAUUCUGAAGAACUCAAAUUUAUGGCAAAGUCUUUUCUUGAAGUAAAAUGUAUGACGAGAAAUCUGAACUCAGAGCAGCACAAAAAUGCCAAUAUUCCACAAAGUACACUUAUUUCAAACAAAGGAUUAAGUUUAACCUUAACAUCCGCAACAUCUGAAAACACUGUCGUGAGAAAUGCCCAGUCACCUAUUGCCGCUGUUCCCCCAGUUAUCAAAGUUGCCAGUUCGAAAUUUUUUGACAAUUCUUCUUCUAUGUCUGCUUCAAGGACAAAAAUCUUACAGAAAACAAAUGAUAGCACUGUAAAUAAUAACAGCACUGAAGAAUGUAGAUCGGAUGAAAUUUCAAAUGAACAACCAAAUAUUGAUGAAAUCAACAUGGUUGUAUCAAGCGCAUUACAGUAUGCAGUUGACAGAGAAGGUUCUUUGACACUAGAAGAAUAUCAGAUGUGGGGAAUGGAUGAUAUCUAUCCAAAUUUAUUUCUCAAUAUCACAAUUGAAAUAUGUCAUAUUGUACUUGGUUUACGACCUUCUAGUCCAGAAGAAGAAGGAAUGAUAAUUCGGGGUUGGAUGCAAAGAUGUGAUUAUCAUGAUGUGAAUCCUGGAGAAACAUGGUAUGUGGUAGCUGAGGAAUGGUGGAAUAAAUGGAAGAAACAUACAACAUAUGAUCCAAUUCUUUCGCCAUCCAGAUCAAGGAAAUGGGAACAUGAAGCUUUAGAAAGUGACGUUGAUGUUACACAUGAUAGGUCAUCAUCAACAGAUACUAUUUCUUCUGCAAUUGAAGCUUCGGAAUCAUUUUAUCAUGCAAACCUUGCUCAGCACAAAUCACACAAACUACGUUUACCAUCAAAGAAGAAAUCAAAAUCUAAAGAAAACAUUAGCACAGUCAGUGGUGGAGUGACAUCACAGGCAUCCAAAGUUAAUAAUUCACCAGGACCUAUUGUCAAUACUUCUAUUCUGAUCGAAGAAAACCAUAAAGUGGCCACAAUCACAGAUGAAGGAGGUAAAUUGAAAGAUACAAUUGUUUGUGAAGAAGAUUUUGAAUUAAUACCUGAACCAGUAUGGAAAGCUCUUCAUCACUGGUAUGGUGGACGACAAGUACUCCCACGUAUUGUUCCUGUUCCAAUUGAAAAUGAUAAAGCAGAAAUUGAGUUGUACAGACUUCAUGUAUUGUUGCUCAAACAUCAGACUCAACCACUUAAUCAACAGAAUAUUCACAUAUUUUCUGGCAACAGUGCUAUCGCUGAAGUUGGUAAUGCAACAUUUGGCAUGCUCAAAUCAUCACUUAACUAUGUGAUUGGUUCGAACAGUUCUCCGAAAAGAUAUCUGGCUUAUCGUGCAACAUUCAGUCGUCGACAUACUAUCAAACAAGUACAAACUUUCUUGGCAAUAAGAAUACAUAUGUAUUAUGACAACAUUCGUCUGUGGAAUUAUAUUGAUGAGAAUAAUGCAUUUGUAAUGGAAGAAGAAACAGCAACAUUAGAAGAUUUUGGAGUGAAAGAUAAUUCACAAGUUCUUAUUGAAGUGAGAAACAUGGACAUGAGUUGGCCUGAAGAAAUGUCUCAGCUUGCUAAGAACAAGAAAACCAAACCAAAACCAGCAAUUGAAAAAGGAGUCACAGGAUUAUCAAACAUAGGGAAUACCUGUUUUAUGAAUUCUGGAUUGCAAUGCAUAAGCAAUACGCGACCACUGACCCAAUAUUUUAUGAUGAAUAAACAUUUCUAUGAACUUAACAGGAGUAACCCACUCGGUAUGAAAGGUCAUAUCGCGAAGAGGUAUGGUGAUCUGGUACAAGAACUAUGGAGUGGUAAAAGCAAAUCAACAGCACCCCUUAAAUUAAGGUGGACGAUAAGCAAGUAUGCUCCACGUUUUAAUGGAUUUUCUCAACAUGAUUCACAAGAACUUUUGUCAUUUCUUCUUGAUGGAUUGCAUGAAGAUUUAAACAGAGUUGAGGAAAAACCUUAUGUCGAAUUAAAGGACAGUGAUGGGAGACCAGAUGAAGAAGUCGCUCAAGAGGCAUGGGAGAAUCAUUUGAUGAGAAACCAGUCUGUUAUUGUUGAUUUAUUCCAUGGACAAAUUCGAUCUCAGGUUCGAUGUAUGGAGUGCAAUAAUUUGAGUGUUCGUUUUGAUCCCUUUACAUUUUUGUCGCUACCAUUGCCAAUGGAUAAUUCAAUGUAUCUUGAUGUUAUAUUGGUGAAAUUGAACUGCUUAAGACCAAUGAAAUAUGGUUUACAACUGAACAUGGAAGAAAAAUAUUACGAAGUUCGAACAAGAUUAUCAGCACUCUGUGAUGUUGAAUGCGAUAGGUUGUUGUUGGUGGAGAUUUCUGGUGCUAGAAUUAAGUCAUUCGUAUCUGACAAUCACAAAGUACGUACUGGUGUUGUUGGUGGAUUAUACGCAUUUGAGAUUCCUGCACCACAAAUACUUGAUAUUGAAAGUCCCAAUGUUCGAAAUAAAACUCAUAAAGAAUCAAAUCAUGUCAACGGAGGCAUUGUUACAAACAAACUGCCAGAAAAACCAGAAGCAAGGUCGACAUUACAUGAAUCCAAGAAGACAAGUAUUACAAAUCUGCAUGCUAUAUAUAAAGAAAAUGAAUUAGAAGGUUCAUUGAAUAAAGAUUUGAUUGAAAUGAAUGGAAUGCCAGGAGAUGAAUUGUCUUCUGCAACAAUAACUUCUUUUGCUGUUGGUGGAGACUGUGACAAUCUGACUACAGUGCCAAUAACAGAAGAUGGAUUGAGAAAUAGGCAACUAAUGAAUGGUGAUAUACGAAGUUCCAUUCCAUUAUCGGCAUCUGACAGUACUAUCAGUAGUACAACAUCUAAGAAUACAAUAACUCAGAUUACAUCCCAAUGCUACGUCAUCGCAUUUCACAGAAAAAUGUUUCAUCAAGAACUCUACUUUUUAUCACCUCAAAAAAUUCAAAGAAGCUUGUUCGGUGUGCCUGUAGUUGUUCCUUGCAUGCCUGGCAAUAGUAAAAAAUCAUUGUAUGAAAAUGUAUGGAAUCAGGUAUCCAGAUUUGUCAGCCCUCUUGGUCCUAAUGAAGUAGCAAAUCACGCACAAGACUGUGAUAAUAGUCUUCAGUCACAAUAUCCUUUCCUGCUACGAAGUGUCAAAAGAUGUGGAAUGUUAUGUGGUGAGGGAUGUCCCUGGUAUAAAUUUUGUUGUGGUUGUGUUAUCGAGUGCAACGAUGAAUCAUACUUCCCAGAAUCGGGAUACAUAGCAAUUGAUUGGGAUCCAACAGCUUUGCAUCUGAGAUAUCAGCCAUCUGUAGAAAGAGAUAUUGAAAAUCAUGAAACUGUUGAUCAAGGAACUCAGGGACAAAGAAAACCAAUAGAUCUUGAUCAUUGUUUAAAAGCAUUUACCACUGAAGAAGAACUAGGAGCAGAUGAAUUGUAUUAUUGCGGAAAGUGCAAGAAACAUCAACUUGCCAAGAAAAAACUUGACAUAUGGAGAUUACCACCCAUUCUUAUUAUUCAUUUGAAAAGAUUUCAGUUUGUGAACGGUCGUUGGAUAAAAUCACAUAAAAUUGUGAACGUUGAAAAAAAUGAUUUUGAUCCUUCAAAAUUUACGACAAAGAAAAUGAAAGAGGCCGUAGUAGAAGAAUUGCCUUCGGAAACAAGUAUUUCACAGUCUUCGUUAAAUGAAGUUGGAGAUGAUCCAGUUAAAUCAGAUAAAAGAAUAAAAUUUGCAGACGAAAAUGAUUCAGGAAAAGUAGGAGGAAAACCUGGCCCAGCUGGGGAUGGAUCUGAUAUGAGCCAUACAAAUACAUCAAGUAAUAGUGGGCGUCAUUCAGCUGGUCCAGCUCGACAAAGAAAACCAUCAUUUAGAGAAGAAGAAAAACCACUUUUUGAUUUGUUUGCUGUUUCGUGUCACACAGGAAUAUUAUGUGGUGGUCAUUAUGUUUCAUAUGCAAAGAAUCCAAACAGCAAAUGGUACUGCUAUAAUGACAGCAGUUGCAAAGAGGUGAAAGAAGAUGAAAUUAGCAUUGAUACUUCAUAUAUUUUAUUUUACGAACGUCAGGGGCUUGAUUAUGAUGACUUUAUGCCUCAAACAGAUGGCAGACAUAUGAUUGAUACUACAAACAUGGACGAUGAUUUCAAUUCGGAAUAUAAAAAAUAUUGUAGUAUACAGUAAGAUGGAAAAUUUCAUUUCAAGGUUAACUGAAUCUAUGACUAGUAUUGAUGUAGGGUUAUAAGUAUUGGACUAUGCUGCAUGAUUCUUCAAGGAUUUUUGACUAUGCAUAGUUCAAGGCUGGUGAAUAAAACAAAUAGCGAAUGCCAUAAACGCAUACUCUGAAUGUAAUCCUCAUUUAUGUUAGACUGAAUAUUAUCCUGCGGUUUAAAGUUAACUUCUCUCACAUUUGAAAUAUUUUAAAAUAUAAGGGAAGUGAACAGUUUGCUCUAGAUUUCAUAAAUCGUAUAAUAAAUAGAGUAAAAUCGUAAGAACAUAUAAUUCACUGUGUUAUUUCUCAAUAUUAUUGUCUAUGCUGAUGCAAAUAAUUGAGCCUUGUUUAAAUAUAUAUAUAUUCUUCCGUGGCCGCGCAUUAUGUAAAAUUUAUAACACGAAUAAAUCGUUUUAUUAUUUUAUGUGUUUAUACAUUAGUCGAAUAAAUAAAAGCAAGAGA